ACAUGCAAAGAACUAUAUUCAAAUAAGCUUUAAAACUGCACAAAGUCUUUUGGGACAUGCUGAAUACAGAAUGAUUUGGGGGCAAUUUCAGAGGGAACAUAUUAGCAUUAAGGGGAUUUUUGAAAGGCUUUAAGUAGUGAGUAGUGUGUAGUAACUGAGUUUUAAGUGUAGCUAAGCUAUAAGACAGUGUUUCUUCUCUUCGAACUUAGAUCCACUAGGGUGAAAGCAGGGUGGUGUGAAGUGGCCAGAUCAGACAGUGUAUAUAUAGCGUAAUUUUGAGCAAUAUUUAAAGAAUGACUACCUUGAGAAAUGUAUAGUGGCUAGAUCAUAGAAAGUUAACAGUUUCAUUGUAUAGCACAUUGAUUAGACUUUGCUAUAGAGAUUGUUUCUUCUAUUUGUAUUCUCAAUAUUGAGCACAGUGCCUGGCACGCAGUAAACACAUACCAAAUACAGAUUGAGGCUAAUAAAAUAAACAAGAUCGUUUAAAAGUUUAUACAAUACAGUUUAAAACCAGACUGACCUGUAGCUUUCCUUCCUCCCUUCUCCCCUUACUUCUUUCUCAGCAGAAAAGUCAUAAUAAAGACAAAAAAUGUCCUCUCUCCUUAUUCUGUUGUCUCAUCAGCGAUUUGCAAUAAAGAACAUAGUCUAAUCUCUCUAUUCCUUCUCAGCAGCGGAGUAUAUACAGACUAAGCUGCAAACAUUUUCCCCCAAUGGACACGUGUAAAAGUUUCCAAACCAAACCUACAUAAGAACUAUUUUCACAAAUGACCAACCUGACUGCUAUACAGAACAGACCAGGUGGUGAACAGACUGACACCAAUAGAGCUUUGCAUAGUAAUGGACCUUAUACAAAAAUGGGCAGAUCCGAGUGACUUUUUUUUUUUUCCAGCUGGAGAUAGGCGCAUUGAUUUCUUCUAUCGGAUCUGAAAGGGAGUCGGGGCUUGUGCACCUCCCUCUAGCUCUGACUUCUCAUGUUCCCAGGUUCAGACUCGCCUGGUCCUAAAGUCCUUCAGAUUCAGGCGGGGCCGGCCUAGGUCUCUUGCGGUGGGUCAGUCCGCAUUCAUUAUGCACUAGGGGGAGCACUGAGCUAAGCGCGGGGUAAAAGUCUUUGCCCUAGAAGAGCUCAUGGUCCAACGGAGGAAGCGACAAGCAAAGAACUACGAACGGACAAGAUAGAGACUAGGUAAAUUCGGGGUAGUCUCCGAAGGGGAGCUAGCACAGAAAUUGUCACAGAAAUUGCCGCCAUUUGUUCUCAGGGGUCUUCUGUACGGAGUUCAAGACACAGUAAAAGGCAAGGUAAAGACAGACACACAAUUGAUAACUCAGCGAACACUCCCUUCCGGGAGAGGGCGGGAUUCGCUCAAAUCACUACCUCUUAAGUGCCACAGCGCUUCGUUUUCCCUCCCUCCGUCCUCCUGUCUCUUCCCCCUACGGGACACCGUAGGGAGUGAGUGACGCCAUCACGCUCCGAGGAGAGUGACGACCCCACGCACGGCUGCACGCUGUCUCGGUAGGACGAAGUAGCUCGGUUUUUCCUUCGGCCGGGGCCAGCCGCUGGCAGCCUCAGUAUCUGUACAUCGGGCGCCUCUUGCGUAGCCUUGGUCCUCCCCUCCCCUCGGUCUACGAUGGGCCGCACGUCCAAGGACAAGCGCGAUGUCUAUUACCGGCUGGCCAAGGAGGAGGGCUGGCGGGCCCGCAGCGCUUUCAAGCUGCUGCAGCUGGACGAGGAGUUCCAGCUUUUCCGCGGCGUGAAGCGGGCUGUGGAUCUUUGCGCCGCCCCGGGGAGCUGGAGCCAGGUGCUGAGCCGCAAGCUCGGGGGCUCCGGGCAGCCGAGCUGCAUCGUGGCCGUGGACCUGCAGGCCAUGGCGCCCUUGCCCGGGGUGGUGCAGCUCCAGGGGGACAUCACCAAGGCGUCCACGGCGCAGGAGAUAAUAGGGCACUUCGAGGGACAGCCGGCUGACCUGGUGGUGUGUGAUGGUGCCCCCGAUGUGACCGGGCUGCACGACAUCGACGAGUACAUACAGGCGCAGCUCCUCCUGGCCGCUCUCAACAUCGCCAUCCACGUUCUGAAGCCCGGCGGCAGCUUCGUGGCCAAGAUCUUCCGUGGCCGCGACGUCACCCUGCUCUACUCGCAGCUGCGCCUCUUCUUCCCCGACGUGGUGUGUGCCAAGCCCAGGAGCAGCCGCAACUCGAGCAUUGAGGCCUUCGCCGUGUGCCGCGGCUUCACGCUCCCGGAGGGCUACGUGCCCAGCAUGCUGAACCCCCUGCUGGACCAUAGCUACCACGGGGAUUUCAACCAGCUCGAGGGCCCCACGCGGCUCAUCGUACCCUUCCUGGCCUGCGGGGACCUCAGUGCCUAUGACGCCGACCGCACCUACCCACUGCAGUUGGAGGGCAGCCCGGAAUACCGCUACACGCCUCCCGCACAGCCACCCAUUCGGCCGCCCUACCAAGAGGCCUGCAAACUCAAGAAGUCUGGGGGCCUGGGCCGGGGCAUGCUGCAGCCCGGGGCCCUGCUCGAUGCCCAGGAGCGGGCAGCUGCCCACCCCGAGAACGAGGGCGAGCAGGCUGUGGAAGCCCUGGGCAGCCUCUCCUUGGACCCCUAGGGAGGAGGCCUUCGCCUUCCCCUCCCUCAGAAAGGGCCUCUGGAAACACCCCUACCAAGGAGUGUAAUCCUCAGCUGAAAGCUCUUCCUUUGAUUCUUCCCAGUCAUUGCCUUGACUAAACAUAACAGAGCUUUAGUUGGGACUGAUAGAGAUGGGAUGGAUUGGGGGGAAAUAUUUAUACAUGUAUAGAGGGUGUGUGUAUGUAUACAUACACAUAUAUAUGUAUAUAUACACAUAUAUGUAUACAUAUGUAUACAUACACACGUACUUGAGAUAGAUACCUUUUGAUUUACACUUAUAAAAUAAAAUUUCCUAUUUUUCUUAGA